CUUACUGCUGGAUCCAGUUCACCCAACCAUGCCCAUGAAGGUGUGUUGGGUUGAGUUCAUCAUUGGCCAUCAGGUGUUUGAUCUUCUUCCCCAACCCACUCAUGGGUUUGUGGCCGUUCUCCAAAAGGAAACGGCCGAAAGAACUUCAGUAACUCUCUUCAAAAAGACUGCAGUCUGCAGAGGCCGGUGUGCCAUUUGGUUGGUGAAAAAUUAAGAAGCCUUGCAGUAAUUACAUACAUCCACAUCUGUCUCUGCCAUUUCAUCUUUCGAGUUCUUGCUCACUUUUCUGCUCUCUCUCUGUUUCCACUCUCAACUGUGUGUUUCAAGUUUUUUGCAUCUUCCCACUUGCCAUGGCUGCUCAUGCUGUAGCAGCUCUCUUCUUGGCUAUGAUUGGUGGAUCAGAGGCGACUUGGUGCGUUUGUAAGCCUGAAAUGGGGGAUACUGCUCUCCAGAAGACACUGGACUAUGCUUGUGGAGCAGGGGCUGAUUGCAAUCCUAUUCUCCAAAAUGGAGCUUGUUAUAGUCCCAACACUGUGAGGUCUCAUUGUUCUUAUGCUACCAACAGCUACUACCAGAGAAAGGGGCAGGCUCAAGGGGCUUGUGAUUUCUCGGGCACUGCCACUCUUACCACAACAGAUCCAAGUUACAGUAGUUGCACUUACCCUGCAACUCAAAGUGCUGCAGGCUCAAGCUCUACACCAUCAACGAGCACCCCGGGCACAUCAACCCCUACCUCCUUCACUCCAUCCACUGGAGGCUUGGGAGGCUUGGGACCCUCAACCGGCAUUUCCAGUGACACCAACCAUGGCGGUCUGGUCCUAGAGCCAGGCAUGGGUGCCCUCCUAUUUGCUGCCACUGGUACAUGCAUGGCCUUGUUGAGCUGAGCAAAGUUGUAAUGCUGGUACUUUGAGAGCUAUCAGUGUGCAAAUGUUUAUCUUAUGCUACUGCUGUAAUUAAAAUGCACUGAUACACUGACAUUCUUUUAUCAACCAGUGGCCAGCAUAAUUGAUCC